AAAGAAAAAAUAAGUCUAGUCAAGCGUGCACCACAGUGCACUGGGGAUGCUGCAGCACUCUGAAUUUCCAACCAUUUUAAGGAUAUUUAAUUUCAGAGAAGACAUUUUUGGCGGUUGGAAUUUUUGAGCCUUCCAUGACUGACUGAUCCAGCAAAGAAGAGUCAAGGUAUAAACCAUGGAUCAAAAUUUGUUCGGAGGGGCCCCUAGGUUCCUCACCCGGCCCAAAGCGUUCGCCAUGUGUAUCGGCAAGGACACCACGCUGAGCUGCACCAUUGUUGGCAACCCCACACCACUUAUCACCUGGGAGAAAGAAAAGCUGAAACUGACAUCCGGGGGCCGCUUCAAGACCGUGGAAGAUGGGGAUGUCUACCGUCUGACCAUCUAUGACUUGGCGCUGGAAGACAGCGGUCAGUACCUGUGCAGGGCCAAGAACAGCGUCGGGGAAGCCUACGCAGCCGUGACCCUCAAAGUGGCCCUCCCAGCAGAGAUGACUCCAAGAGCCCCUGUUUUCAUGCUCAAGCCCACAUCGGCACGUGUGGGUUUGGGGGGCGAUGCCGUGUUCCACUGCAGAGUAGUCGCUCACCCUGAAGCCAACUUCGACUGGGAGAAGGACGGACGCUACCUGGGCGAGACCAACCGCAUCAAGAUCAUUUCGGAGAGCGACAGCAGCAUUUUAAAGAUCCAGAGCGUGCGCAACCUGGACAGCGGAACGUACAUCUGCAGGGCCCAGAACACUUUGGGCCGGGCGCACGCCGCCGCCAUGCUGGUGGUGGAUGCCCAGGAUGCGCACCAACUCGCAGCGGAAACCCACACCUCCCUCCUUUCUCACCUCCAGAAACGUAAAGAAGAAAUGAAGAAGGACAUAUCUGUCUUUCGUAACGAGGAAAGCGCCGCCUCGGAUAAAAUCACAGACAGUCUGAGUUCCCUUAGUCUGGAGCACGAGGUGAGGUCGUCGGUACUGGCAAAACUGCCAAAGGGUGUGUUCACCCGCACCUGCACCGUGACGGAGGGAAAACACGCCAAACUCAGCUGCUUCGUGACGGGUCACCCCAAGCCUCACAUUAUCUGGAGAAAGGACGGAGCAAAUAUCAGCGAGAGCCGCCGCCACGUCAUGUAUGAAGACCAGGCAGAGAACUUCAUCCUCAAGAUCCUGUACUGCAAGCAGGACGACAACGGUUUCUACACCUGCAAUGCCACCAAUAUGGCUGGUCAGACCUACAGUGCUGUGCUGGUAACAGUCAAGGAGCCAAAGGUGCCGUUCAGGAGGAAGCUUCAAGAUGUGGCGGUCCAAGAGAAAACGUCGGCCACGUUGAUGUGCGAGGUGCCGCUGACUGGCAGCAGGGCUGACUGGUUCAUGGAGGAAACGCGCUUGGAGCAAAACGCUAAGUAUCGCAUGGAGGAACAAGGCACCCUGCGUCGGCUCACCAUACACAACGUGACCACCAACGAUGAUGGCGUUUACAUCUGUGAGAUGAAGGAGGGCAGCCGCACGGUGGGCGAGCUCACCGUCCUGGGCAACAUUACGAAGAAGCUUCCGCGGAAGACGGUCGUUCCCGUCAGCGACACUGUCAUCUUCUGCGUGGAGCUGGAGCAGCCCUGUCCGGACGUCUACUGGACCCGCAACGGCGAAAAGCUGAAGGCGGAUUCCCGGAUUUCCAUCGCUUGCCUGCACCGCCAGUACACGCUGACCAUUCGGGAGUGUCAGGCGGAUGAUUCAGGAGAAGUGGCCUUUGUAGCUGGAGACUGCAAGACGUCCACUCGAUUCUCUGUCACCGCGGCAAGGAAGCAUCCUCCCGAUCCCCCAGUCGAUGCUGUGGUGCAAAACAAGACGGACUCAUCCAUCACCCUGCGGUGGUCUCCUCCAGACAGUGGCCGCCCCGUGCCCAUCAAGAGUUACAUUGUAGAGAGGAGGAAGGUUGGCACUCAGACCUGGCAGAGGUGCAACGUUGGAGAAACGAUUUUGUCAACGGAGAUCACGAUCUCUAACUUCACAGAGGAAGCCACUUUCCAAUUCCGUAUAUCUGCCAUCAACGACUUUGGUCAGAGUGACUACCUGGAGGUACCUGGAACCUUCUACCUUGAACCCACUGCAUCAAUCAAUAAAGGCCUUGCGGACAGCACCGCAGUGUCCGGUGAAGAGUUCUCCAUUUCGGUGGAGCUCUCAGGCGUUUGCUCGGGCUCUUGGUCUCUAAAUGGCCGCUUGCUGCGAAGUGGUGGCGACUAUCUCAUCACCCGUUCCAAGAACGUGCACACGCUGCUCAUCCGAGAAGCGACUCUGGACAUGGACGGAACAGAAGUCAAAUUUAUGGGUGGAGGCUCGCAGAGCAGUUGCAUCCUAGCUGUCAAGGCGCCACCUGUCCGGUUCAUCAAUAAGUCAGAUCAACAAGAGGAGGUGUUCUGCAGCGCCCAAGCCACUGCUCAGAUGAUAGCUGAGGUGUCAGAUUAUGAUGCACAGGUGGUUUGGAUGAGAAAUGGACGGGAGUUAAAAAUGGGCAAGAAGUAUGAAUCGGUGACCGUGGACCGCAGGAGGACCUUGAGGGUACACAACGUUACAGAGGAAGACGUGGGCAUUUACGAGUGUGUUUGCGCUGAUGACAACAUUUCUAUGCGGCUUACUCUUAAAGAUGAACCUGCCAAGUUCCUAAAUAAACCCAGAGGUCCAAUGGGCCUGUUAUCCUCACUCAAAGGAGAUCUCGAGCUGAGCUGCGACGUUUCUCCUGCUAGCACGGCGGUCACAUGGAAAAAAGACCAGCUGGAGAUCUUCGAGGACCAAAGAACUACCAUCAUCUCCAAAGGUACCCAAAGGAAACUCAGCAUCAAAAAUGCAAAAAAAAGCGACGAGGGUCACUACUGCUGCGAGACGGCCACCGACAAAAUCACAUUCCAGGUUAAGAUUAAAGAAACUCAAGCCCAGCCUGCCUUCUCCAAAAAGGAAUUGGUGCAGAGGGAAUUAAAAGUGGCUCUCUCCCAAAAAGCCAGUCUCAGUUGCACAGUUUCAGACAGCAAGACAGACGUGAAAUGGUACAAACACGGCAAGCUGCUCGUCUCCAGUCCAACUCUUUACACGGAAGUCAAAGGCAAUCACCGCCAACUGGUGAUUGAAAAGGUCGAGAAGAGUGAUGCUGGAGAAUAUACUUGCGAGGCUGGAGGAGAGAAGCUGGUCUUCAAAAUUAUUGUGCCUGACUCCCAGGCGGCCUUCGUUAACAAAGAAACAGUCCAGAGGGAGGUGAAAGCCGUUCUCUCCGAGAGAGCCACUCUGAGCUGUGAAGUGUCUGAUUCCACCAGGGAAGUCAAAUGGUACAAGGACGGGAAGCUGCUGGUCUCUGGGAAGACAACACAUGCCGAGACAAAGGGGAAGACUCGCCAGCUGGUGAUCGAUAGCGUGGAAAAGAAGGAUGCCGGGGAAUACACGUGUGAAGCCGGGGACGAGAAGCUCGUCUUCCAGAUCAAUGUGACUGAGCCUCCACCAGCCUUCGUCAACAAAGAAUCCGUCCAAAAGGAGGUGAAAGCAAAUGUAUCCCAAAAAGCCACUCUCAGCUGUGAGGUUGCUGACUCCAAGAUAGAGGUGAAAUGGUACAAGGACGGGAAACUGCUGGGCAGUAGUGAGACAAAAUGUGUAGAGUCCAAGGGGAAAAGUCGCCAGCUGGUAAUCGACAGUGUGGAGAAGAAGGAUGCGGGAGAGUACGUCUGUGAAGCCGGUGCUGAGAAGUUGAUCUUCAAGCUCCAGGUGGCAGAUGCUCCCAGUGUUUUCACGAACAAGGACUCUAUCCAGAAGGAGGUGACAGCCAUUUUUUCCAAGAAAGCCACAUUGCGCUGUGAGGUGGCCGAUUCCAAAAUUAAGGUGAAAUGGUACAAGGAUGGCAAGCUGCUAGCCUCGAGCGCUGCAGUGCACAUGGAGUCAAAAAGCAGGAGUCGGGAUCUGGUGAUAGAGAAAAUGGAGAAAAAGGAUGUUGGGGAAUACACCUGUGAGGCUGGAUCGGAGAAGAUUAUAUUUAAUCUGAAGAUGGCAGAAGUGCCUGCCAAGUUCCAGAAGAAGCUCGUCAAGGACACCUGCAUCAUUCAGGCCAGCGAGCAGAUUGUUUUGACCAGCGAGCUGACUUCAGAAAGCAGCAGCGGCGUGAGAUGGUUUAAAGAUGACGUGGAGCUCAAGGAGGGCACCAAGUACCAAAUGAAAAAAGAUGGUCUUUCUUGCACACUCAUCGUCACGUCCACUGAAUCCAAAGACAGUGGUGUGUACUCCUGUCGGACUGCUGAUGAUAAACUGGAGUUCAAAGUCCAGGUCAAAGACAUAGCUGUUAACUUUGUUGUCCGGUUGAAAGCCGUCACGGUCGACUUGGGGGCCGAUUUAAAUCUAGCGUGUGAGUUGAACCAAGCUACAGGGGAUGUUCUAUGGCGGCGCAACGGUUCUGAGCUUAAACCUGGAGGCAGGUUGUGCAUCAAGACAGACGGCGUAAGGCGAAUCCUCAUAGUGACUGGCAUGACGAAGGAAGAUGAAGGCGAAUACAGCUGUGAAUGUAAAAAUGACAAGACCUCUGCCAAAGUCUCCUCGAUAGCCCCCCGAGUUGUGAGGCUGACUUCCAAGCUGAACAACGUGGCCGCAAUGGAGGGCAAAGAUGCCAUAUUCAAGUGCACCGUCACCCCGGCGGACGCACGCGUCAAAUGGUUCCACAACAAUGUUCCUGUCGCUCAUGGCGCCAAGUAUAAGAUUGAGCAUGGUGGCAACACCCACUCGGUCGCCGUCACUUGUGUCACCCUGAAGGAUGCGGGGGAGAUUAGCAUGGACGCCGAAGGGAAAAGCUGCAAGGCGACGCUUCAAGUGCAACGUGAGCCAGUGACAUUCAAGAAGAAGCUGGAGAAUAUGACAGCGGAGGAGCAGAGUGAGGCAAAGCUUGAGGUGGAGCUGAGCAAGCCGUCAGACGAAGUGCACUGGAUGAAGAACGGCGUCAAGUUGCAGACUUCAGCAGGUGUGGAGGUCCGGGUGGAUGGCGCUAAGCAGGCGCUGGUCUUCAAGAGUGUGACUUAUGCCGACCGCGGCAUCUACUCGUGCGAAACCCUUGAUGACAGAACCCAGGCCAAGCUCACCGUCGAGAUGAAGAAAAUUGAGCUGAUCAAAGGUCUCACGGAAACCAGGACACAUGAGAAACAGACGGUAAGCUUCGAGGUGGAGCUCAGCCAGGCUGAUGUCGAAGGCUCGUGGACCCGGGACGGCAUCAGGUUGAAAUCAGAGCCCAAUGUCCGCAUCACAGCUCUGGGAAAAACGCACGGCCUUACCUUGUCAAAUCUGACGAGAGAGGACACGGGAACCAUCGCCUUCCUGGCGGAAGGGAUCCGGACUUCCUGCAAACUCAUUGUUACAGAACCCCCUGUUACGAUCUCAAAGCCCAUUGUCGACAUCAGCGUUGCUGAGAAGGAGAAGGUCACUUUGGAGUGUGAAGUAUCAAGAACAAAUGCAGAUGUAAAAUGGUUCAAGGAAGAUGUACAGCUGAAACCAGGGAAAAAUUACAGCAUUCAUUCUUUGGGACGAAAACGCACCUUGAUCAUCAACAAAUGCACCCCCGAAGAUGCAGGCACUUACAUCUGUCAAGCGGCCGACGACAGCACCCGCGCCAAGAUCACUGUCCACGCCAGAGAUGUUAAGAUUGUGAAGAAGCUGGAGGAUGUGGAGGUAAUGGAGAAGGAGAGCGCUGCAUUUGUUUGCGAGGUUUCACAUGACGAAGUGGAGUGCCAGUGGUACAAGGGAAGCUCCAAACUUAGAGUCAGCGACAACAUCAAGAUGAGACAACAAGGCAGGACCUAUGUGUUGCUGUUUAAAAGCGUGUCCGCGGCAGAUAUAGGUGAGAUUAAAUUUACAGCAGAGGAGGCCUCGUCAUCUGCACAACUAAAGAUGAAAGAGCUGCCCGUCAAGUUUGUGAAGAAACUCCGAGAUAAGAUAGCCAUUUACAAGCACCGUGGCCACCUGGAGUGCCAAGUGUCCCGUGCCAGUGCCCAAGUCAAGUGGUUCAAAAACAAGACAGAGUUGAAACCCGGACAGAAGUAUGAGAUCAAAAGUGACGACGUGUACCGGAAGCUCACCAUCCACAACGUGGACGCCGCCGACGAAGACACGUACACGUGCGACGCCUCUGAUGACAAGACAUCCUGUAAACUACUUGUGGAAGAGCAGUCCAUAAGCAUUGUGCGGGAGAUGAGUUCUGUGGAGGUUACGGAACCUUUCGCCGCUGUCUUCGAAGUUGAGAUCAGCAUGGAACUGGUGAAACCGCCCAUUUGGACUCUCAGCAAAGUCGCCCUGCAGGAGAACGCCGAUGUUGAGAUGGAGACAGAGGGCACCAAGCAUCGUCUCACGUUCAAAAAGACCAAAGCGUCCAUGACGGGCCCCGUGCAGUUCACGGCUGGCAAGAGCAAGUCACUCGCUCAGCUUACAGUCAAAGAGCGUCCCCUUGAGAUUGCAGAGCCCAUCAAAGACGUGAAGGCCAAGGAGAAAAGCUCUGCCAUUCUCACUUGUAAAUUCUCCAUCCCGCCAAAAGACAAAGUGCAGUGGUUUAAAGAACAGGUCGCACUGGCUAUAUCAGACAAAUAUAACAUCAAGCAAGACGCUACCAGGGCUCAACUCACCAUUCAUGGGCUGACUGAAGAGGACAGUGGCGAGUACCGCUGUCAGUCUGGACCUGCCCUGACAAAAGGAAAUCUUCUAGUUGAAGUGCGUGACAUAAAAUUCACCCAGCACCUGGCUGACACUGAAGUGGACGAAGACAGCGACGCAGUGUUCACGUGUGAGGUCAACUAUGCAGACGAGGAGGCCCGGUGGCUCCUGAAUGACAAGGCACUCUUCACCAAUGAAGUCAACACCAUAACCCAUGAAGGGAAAGUGCAUAAACUCACACUUAAGAACCUGGCACCUCAAGAUGGCGGUACUAUCACAGUUUACGUCCGCAAGGUGAAGGAAUCUGUCACGCUUAAGGUUAAAGAAAAGCCUGCCCUUUUCCUCAAGUCUCUGGAUGACGUCGUCGGUGAGGAGAAAGGUUCCAUCACUCUGGCUUGUGAGGCAUCCAAACCCAGAGUCUCUCCCAUCUGGAGUAAAGAAGGCAGCCCGUUGAAAGCUGGACCCAAAUAUGAGCUCCUUCACACGGGCAAAUCUUUGGGGCUGAUCAUCAAGGAUGUGACCAAAGACGACGCGGGGGAGUAUACUUGCGAUCUGGGAACUGAGAUGUCCAAAGCAAAGGUCACUGUAAGAGAAAUUGGCAUCGGGAUCACAAAAUGGCUGAAGUCAGCUGAGGUGAACGAGGGGGAGACGUGCGCUUUCGAGUGCAUCUUGUCUCGGGAGAUCACCGACGAGUGCACCUGGACUCUUAACGGCCGAACCGUCGCAAGCGGAGGCCGCUUUCAAAUUAACAGCAAAGGACGGAAAUACAUGCUGACCAUCAAGGACGUCACCCCUGCUGAUGCCGGAGACGUCAUCUUCAGCAUUAAGGAUCUGACCUCCAUAGCAUCACUGACUAUUGAAGGAAAAGUGUCAACACUCUCAAGGGACCUGGAUGAUAUCAGUGUGGUUCGGGGUGAAAAUGCCACUUUUACCUGCGAGGUAACACAAUCAACCGCCAUUGUCAAAUGGACAAAGGAGGGCAAAUCCAUAAGGAAGAGUCAGAAGUACGACAUCAUCAAGGAAGACCGUGUUAUGAAGCUGGUCAUCCACAACGUCUCCAGUAAAGAUGCUGGAGAGUACAGAUGUGAGGUUGUCGGAGGGGCAACCGCAAAGGCCAAGCUUGACGUGAAAGAGCCAAUCCAUAAGUUCGCCAAAGAACUGAAGGACACCUUAGCGGAUGAGAAGACCUCUGCGACAAUGCAGUGCGAGACGGUUCAAAGCCCGUCUGCGGUUACCUGGCUUAAAGGGCACACGGAGCUCAAGGCUGGCGGUCGAUACGAGAUGAGCCAAAAGGAAGCCGUCUUAUCUCUCACCGUCAAACACCUUCAGGAAGACGACACUGACAUCUACACCUGCGAUGUGGGCACAGCCAAGUGCGCGGCCAAGCUGACUGUUCAGGCUCUGCCUGCCACUUUCAAAGAAAAGCUCAAGAAUCAAGAUGCAACGGAAGGGGAAACGGUGACACUUUGCUGUGAGCUAUCAAAGCCUGCAGCCAAUGUUCAAUGGAGGAAAGGCUCUGAAACUCUCACUCUUGGAGAGACAUAUGAGAUAAAGCAGCAAGAGGCAUCUUGUGAGCUUCGCAUUAAGAAUGUAAAAAUGGACCAUUGCGGGGAAUACUCUUGUCUAUGUGGGGACCAGAAGACAUCGGCGACUCUCAAAGUGAACGCAUUACCGCCAUCCUUCACGGUGAAGCUGCGGAGUCUGGAGGCCGACGAAGGAUCUAGGGUGACCCUACGCUGUGAAACCUCGAAACCUUUAGUCCCUGUUGAGUGGAAAAAGGGUGCACAGCUGCUCACGUAUGGACAAAAAUACCAGCUGAAGCAGCAGGCUUGUGAGAUUGAGCUCCUCAUCAACCAGACCGAGCCCGAGGACAGUGGAGAGUACAGUUGUGUGUGUGGGGAGCAGACAACCACGGCCUGCGUCAAGAUCAAGGCCUUACCAGUGACCUUCACAAAGAAGCUGCAGCCUCAAGAUGCCGAAGAGGGCUCCAGUGUUGCGCUACGCUGUGAGACAUCGAAACCCGGAGUGCCAGUGGAGUGGAAAAAAGAAAGACAAGUGCUAAAGUCUGGAAAAAAGUACCAGAUGAAGCAGCAAGCGUGUGUCAAUGAACUCCACAUCAGUGAAGUGUUGCCAGAAGACAGCGGGGAGUAUAGCUGUGUGUGUGGGGAGAACAACACUGCAGCUGGCCUCACCAUUAAAGCCCAACCGGUGACCUUCACGGUGAAGCUGCAGCCUCAAGAUGCCGAAGAGGGCUCCAGGGUUGCGCUACGCUGUGAGACAUCGAAACCCGGAGUGCCAGUGGAGUGGAAGAAAGGAAGACAAGUGCUGAAGUCUGGAGAAAAGUACCAGUUGAAGCAGCAGGCGUGUGUCAAUGAACUCCAUAUCAGUGAAGCGCUGCCAGAAGACAGCGGGGAGUAUAGCUGUGUGUGUGGGGAGAACAACACUGCAGCUGGCCUCACCAUUAAAGCCCAACCGGUGACCUUCAUAAAGAAGCUGCAGCCUCAAGAGGCCGAAGAGGGAUCCAGUGUCACGCUCUGCUGCGAGACGUCUAAACCUCUAGUUCCAGUGGAGUGGAAGAAGGGAAGACAAGUUCUCAAGUCGAGAGAAAAGUUCCAGAUGAAGCAGCAGGCAUGCGUCAAUGAACUCCACAUCAGUGAAGCGCUGCCAGAAGACAGCGGGGAGUACAGCUGUGUGUGUGGCGAGAACAACACUGCAGCUAGAGUCACCGUUAAAGCCCAACCGGUGACCUUCACAAAAAAGCUGCAGAGUCAAGAAGCCAAAGAAGAAUCCAGUGUUACCCUAUGCUGCGAGACGUCUAAACCUUUAGUCCCAGUCGAGUGGAGGAAGGGAAGACUCGUUCUGGAGUCGGGAGAAAAGUACCAGAUGAAGCAACGAGCGACUGUGAAUGAACUCUUGAUUUGUAAAGCAGCAGAGGAAGACAGUGGAGAGUACAGCUGCGUGUGUGGGGAGAACUAUACUGCAGCUAACCUCACUGUUAUAGCCCAACCGGUGACCUUCACAAAGAAGCUACAAAGUCAGGAGGCGGAAGAGGGAUCCAGUGUGACUCUUCGCUGUGAGACGUCCAAACCAGGAGCCUCGGUGGAGUGGAAAAAGGGAAGAAAGGUCCUCAAGUCUGGAGAAACGUACCUGAUGAAACAGGAGGCGACUGUCAAUGAACUAUGUAUUCAUGAAGCAGCGGAAGAAGACAGUGGGGAGUACAGCUGCGUGUGCGGCGACAUUCAAACGACAGCCAGUCUCAAAAUCAGAGCCCAGCCAGUAUUUUUCAAAACUCAACUGCAGAACCUGGAGAAGCAGGCAGGGGAGACAGCUGUUCUCCGCUGUGAAACCACAAAGCCCGGAGCUCGUGUGAUUUGGAGACACGGUGACAGGGUGCUGGUAUCCAGCAGCAAAUAUCACUUGAAACAGACAGGGACGCUUGUAGAGCUCGUCAUCUAUAAAUUGCGGGGAGCGGAUUCGGGAGAAAUCUCCUGUGAUACGGGCAGCCACAAGACUUCAGCCACCCUCACUGUGCGGGAAGUGGAGGUGUCCAUAGUGAAAUUCUUGGAGAGUUGCGUCGCAUGCGAAGGCGAAGACGUCCACUUUGAGUGUCUGGUCACACAUGAGGAUGCGCCGUUGGCUCAGUGGAGACUCAAAGAUUUCCCACUACAGAAUAAUGACGUGAAUGUUAUUAAGGUAGAAAGUUGUACACACAGCCUCACGCUUCGAGGCAUCACCACGGCGGACUCAGGCACAGUCACUUUCUCAGUGGGCAACCACACAUCCACGGCCUCUCUGACUGUCAUAGCCGCACCUGUUUUAUUCAAGAAGACCCUGGACAGCCAAGAGGGCACUGAGGGUGAAAAAGUCACUUUGUCUUGUGAGACAUCCAGCCCCACCUGCAAGGUGACUUGGCGGAAGGGCUCAACUCUGCUCAGCCACGGGGAGAAAUACAGCAUCCAGCAGAGCGCUGCCACUCACACUCUUGUCAUUCACAAGCUGAGACCGGAGGAUAGUGGGGAGUACAGCUGCGACACUGGUGACAAGAAAAGCGCUGCUACUGUCACUGUCAAAGAACACGUGCGUAUCCUGCGGGAACUGCACGACAUUACCGUGCAAACGGGGCAGGACGCUGUCUUCGAGGUGGAGUUGUCUCACGCCGGUGUGACCAGUAUGGAGUGGUGGCUGGCAGACAACCUCCUCCAAAACAAUGAUCUGAACCAGAUGAGUAGCGAGGGCCGAGUGCAUCGCUUGGCCCUGAAGAUGGUGACCACUGACGAAUCGGGAGAUGUUGCCUUUGUUGUGGGUGAAGAAAAGAGCGUUGCUUGUUUGCUGGUGGAAGAGAAACCAAAAGUGCUCAUUGUCGAGACGCCGCAUAAUACAGCCGCAUCGGAGGGGGAAACCGUCACCCUGGCCUGCACCAUCUCCGACCCCAAGGUGACCGUGACCUGGAUGAGAAACAAUGUGGUCAUCAAAGCAGGUCUCAAGUACGAUGUGAAGCAGAAUGGAGCCUUCCAGCAGCUUUGCAUUCACAAUGUGGUGACCGAAGACGCGGGCACGUACACCUGCAAGACCGUAGAUGAUCAGUGUGACGUCACCCUAACUGUGGAAGCUACCCCAGCGUUCUUUAAGAAGGAGCUGGAGAACCAGGAUGCCAUCGAGGGUGACGACGUUACCCUCCGCUGCGAACUAUCCAAGCCAGGGGCCUGCGUGGAGUGGAGGAAAGGAGGUGCAGUUCUUGCGCCUGGUAAGAAAUGUGAACUCUGGCAGGAAGGGUGCAUUCACGAGCUCCGUAUACGGAACCUGGAUCCGGAAGACAGUGGUUACUACACCUGUGACGCAGGAGAUCAACUGACCACUGCGUCUGUGACAGUGCAAGUGAAAGAGAUCUACAUUUUGUGCGGUCUUAAGCCCGUGGAUGUGUUUGUUGGAGAAUGGGCAACAUUCUCUUGUCAGCUGUCCGGCCAGGCGCCCGGCAAAGUGCAGUGGUGGUUGGACGGCACUUUGCUCAAGAGCGGCCCCGCGACUGAGAUAGGGCUGAGUGUGGGCCACAUCCACACACUCACCUUUAAGAACCUGGCCACAGAUGACUCGGGCACUGUCAUGUUCAAAGCUGGCAGUUUAACCUCAGCAGCCAAGCUCCUUGUCAAAGAUCCCACAGUUGAAGUGGUGAACGACAUGGAGGACCUUAGGGUGGUCGAGAACCAACCGGCCGAGUUCAUCUGCCAGUUCUCGAGGCCGGUGAAGGCCGAGUGGAAGCGAGACGGGCAGCCGUUGCAGCCUGAUGGCCGCAGGGUGGUAGUGGAGCAGGACUGGACUGUGUCUCGCUUGUACAUUAGCCGCGUGUGUGCCGGAGACAGGGGCACAUACUCCUGUGAGGCAGAGGGGACCCGUGUGGUUGCUUCGCUUCAUGUGGAAGCCAAACCCAUCAACAUAGUCCAAGGCCUGGAGAACGUGGAAACCUUUGACGGAGGAGAAGCUUUGUUUGAGUGUGCCUUGUCUCGCCCGGAGAACAAAGACUGCCUGUGGCUCCUGGAUGACAAACCGGUGAAGGAAUCUCCCAAUGCUGAGAUUGUGUCCUUUGAGAGCGGCCGUCGUCACCUGCUCCUCCUCAAAGAGCUGCGCGUUAGUGACAGCUGCACAGUCACCUUCAGGGCGGGCACGACGUCCACGUCUGCCCACCUUGCUGUCAAGGGCUGGCAGCUGGGCGUGGCAAAGCAUCUGGAGGACGUGGUGGCCGCCGUCGGUGAGAGGGUGGAAUUUGAUGUGGAGCUGACAGAGCCCGUGCUGGCGUCGGAAAUCGUUUGGUAUGCCAAUGGAGUGGAGCUCCAGCCCGGCCAACUGUGGGUCACCAGGAACGACGGAUGUCGCUAUCGCCUCAUCCUGAGGCAGGCACCGCUUAUGGCUCAACAGGAAAUAACCUUUGCAGCACGCGAUGCCCUCUCUAUGGCCAAGCUCUCCAUUAUCGCUGUACCAGACCCACCGGAAGACCCCGAGGUCCUCAGCAAGACCAAAGAAUCGGUCACCCUUUCCUGGUUCACUCCCCUACAUGACGGAGGAAGUCCCAUUCUGGGCUACAAGGUGGAGAUGAGGCUGGCAGAAAGCGCUCUGUGGCUUCCGUGCCACUCCACUCCCGUGAGCAACACCGAGUUUGUAGUGGAAAACCUCAUCCAGGGCACCGGCUACAGGUUUCGAGUGGCAGCCAUCAACAGAGCCGGUACAGGGGAGUCUGUUGAGCUUCCUCAGACUGUGCAGCUAGAAACAGAGGUCAAAGAAAUUGAGUCAGACCAACUAGGACAGCCCAGUCUUCCUCCGGAAGCCGCUGAAGAAGGAGACCUCCAUGAUCUGUGGGAGGCCUCAGCCAAGAAAAGGCGCAUGAGUCGCGAACCUACUCUGGACUCCAUCACUGAACACCCAGAGGACGAUGGGAAAGGCGGCCCAAAGAAAAUGGAGCAGAAGGAAAGCAGCGAUUCAGAGAAGAAGGAAUCAAUAUCAAAAGAGAGCGAGCAGACCAAGAAACAGACCGAGUCUGAAUUGCACACCAGCUCUGAGGAGUACCAUUCUGAUGGGUCUUCGCUUGUGUCCUACCUUAAGAAGAACAGUCAGCUUCAGUGUUCAGCCAUGGUUGAGACUUCCGACGACCGGACACAAGCCACCGAGCGCUUCUUCAAACACUUUCAGAUGACCGACCAGAAAGCGACUACACUUCAGUGGACCGAAACAAAGCAGGCAUCAACACAGGAAACUGAGAUCCUGGAGAUCAGCAAGGAAGAUGAACCUGAGCUCAGGGAAGCUGCCAUCAAGAUCCAAGCUGCCUUCAAGGGCUACAAGGCGCGCAAGGACAUGCGGCCGGUUUUCAAGGAGGUUUUCAAAGACCAGACCAAAGAGCCAAAUGGCACCAUACAUCUGGAGUGUGUGGCAGAAGGUAAACCCGAUAAGGUGCGUUGGCUGAAGGACGGAGAGCCGCUGUCGGACGGCAAACACCACCACAUCGACAUCUACAACGACGGCACUUGUUCCUUGGUCAUCACUGCCAUCACCACCAAAGACACGGGCGUGUACACGUGCGAGGUCAACAACAAGUUUGGCUUCAUCUCUCACAGUGCAAAGGUUACCGUGGGAACAGCGAGAGAAUCAUGCGGCCGGCGUCCGCUGACAGUUGGCUACAGCGCCGACAGUGAGCCAGACAGCUCGUCGGGCAGCGAGAUGGACGAGUCGCUGAGGCAGGCGAGCAGACGCCUCCGCCGGUUGCUACGUACGCGCCUCCCGCCGGAUGUGGAGGAGGAACCUUUCAUCAGCGCAGAUGAAGGAGAACUCUGCCCUCCGGAUCCUCACUCUUACCGUGAGGACGACAGGUACAUUUACAUCCGCUUCAACACGUGGUCAGAGGCGGAGGUGGCGUCCAAGAGGUUCCAGGAGAUGUUUACCAUCCGCGGAGUCCCCGUGGAAACCAGCAUCCUGGAUGCCGGACAUCUCAAAGUGGAGCUGCGGAUUAGGAAGCUGGAGUUCACACAGGAUGGCGCGGAAACGCCCACUCAAGAAAAACAACCUCCUGCGUUAUUGUCUGGAGCUGCCGCCGCUCCCGUCUUCUUGACAGAGUUACAAAAUCAGGACGUGCCCGAAGGCUAUCCGGUCAGCUUCGACUGCGUGGUGAUCGGCAAGCCUUCACCCGCCGUGCGCUGGUACAAAGAUGGCAAAGUGCUGGAGGAGAAUGACCAUUACAUGAUCAAUGAGGACCAGGAAGGCUGCCAUCAGCUCAUCAUCACUGCCGUGCUGCCCUCCGACAUGGGAGUCUACCGUUGCACGGCGGAAAACAGCAGCGGCAUUGCGGCCACCAGGGCCGAACUCAGGGUUGACAUGUCCUGCAGCUCCGAUUAUGACACUGCUGCUGAUGCCACUGAAACCUCGUCUUACAUCAGUGCCAAAGGCUACUUGUCCAGCAGGGAGACUGAGACCUUUGAGUCCGUGACAGAAGAUGAUCAGUUGCCUCAAGUUGUGGAGGAACUUCAUGACGUUCACGCUAGCCCAGGUUCACCAAUGGCAAAGAUGCAACUCAGGGUCAAAGGUUUCCCCAAACCGAGAGUGUAUUGGUUCAAAGACGGUCAUCCCCUGCACGGUUCCCAAAAGAUUUUGGUGUUAGCGCAGCAAGACCUUCACAGUCUCGAGAUCCUGGAGGUGAAGAAAGAGGACAUGGCGGAAUACUCGGCCUACAUCAGUAACGCGGCUGGUUCUGCUUACUCUUCUGCCCGGCUCAUUGUUCAAAAUCCAGGGGAGAUUAUACCUCAAGAUGCGAAAGACUCUGGGGAGUCUCUGGUGCCACCGCGUUUCCUCGAAAAAUUCUGCAACAGGAAAGUAAAACAAGGAACCAGCAUCACAUUAUCCGUCAAAGUCGAAGGAUCUCCCACUCCAAUGGUCUCGUGGCUAAAGGAGGAGUCGGUGGAGGAGGUGCUGUGGAUCAAGCCUGAUACCAAAGGAUACAAAGUAGCAAGCUCCGGUCGCCAACACAGUCUCAUCUUGAUGGAUGUUGGAACAGAGUACACCGGCGCCUACACCUGCAUUGCCACCAAUAAGGCGGGACAGUCCAUUUGUACUGCCCACCUUGAAGUGGAUGACACUCCACCACAAAAGAAAGAGACCAAGGCUUCAGAUGUUCUCGGGAUUACUGUCAAUCCACCAGAGGAAGCUGCAAAGACGGGAAAGGGCAAGUAUAACUUUGAACCACCAUUUGAUAAUUUAAUAAUAUUUGUGCAGUGUAAAUCCAGGCUCAUAGUGUUUUGCAAUUUGUUUCAAGAGAGUAAAAUGUCCUACUUUGGAGAAGUUGGCUCUGAAGAAUUCCUCAUGAAACUCACCUCCCAGAUCACUGAAAUGGUAUCGGCCAAGAUUACGCAAGACAGCACACAGAAUCAGGAAGUGCUCCAGUGGAUGAAAUCCUGGCCCAAAACGACCAGCUCAUUGCGUGUACCAGGUGCAGACAGUGACGACGACACCAAGACCCCUUCGGCUUCUCCUCACCACGGUCGCUCCCGUCCCCCCUCCCUCGUGGCUGAUUCCUCGUCUGAGUCCGAUGAAGGAGAUGCCAGGGGAGAGAUGUUCGACAUCUACGUGGCGACGGCCAACUACGACCCCAUCGUGGCCACCAAAGAAUCCGUCUCCCUGAAGGAGGGACAGUAUGUGGAGGUGUUGGAUUCGGCCCACCCGCUCAAAUGGCUCGUGCGGACCAAACCCACCAAGACGACGGCAUCCCGCCAAGGCUGGGUGUCACCUGCCUAUCUUGACAAAAAGUUCAAACUGUCUGCUGAUUCGGGUGACCUUCCUGAGACAAGUGUAGAGGAGGUGUCUGAGGGAGAAUACAAGAAGAAGUUAUUCCAGUUGAUUCAUGACAUCAUAAACGGUGAAUCAGAGUUCGUUAAAGAGAUAGACUUCUUCACGGGUCAUCACCAGAGGCUCGCCGACUCUCCUGAUGCACCGAGUGACAUCAGCGGCCAGAGGGAGGCCAUCUUUAGGAACAUCGAUGACUUGAAGGACUUCCAUUCCAGGGUGUUCCUGCCAAAGCUGAGCGAUUGUGAGACGGAUGAUGAUGUCGCCAUGUGCUUCCUGAAAAAUAAGGAAGGCUUUGAGCAGUACCUCCAGUAUCUUGUAGGUCAGAGCCAGGCUGAAAGUGCCAUCAGUGACAAAACAGUCCACCGCUUCUUCAAGGAGUACACUGAAAAGGAGCAAGCCAAUGCAGACCCAGCUGACCCGCCUGUACGCAGCAUCAACGCCUACCUGCUACAACCUCUGGACAGGAUUCAGAAGUACAAGGUCUUCCUCAAGGAGCUCAUUCGAAACAAGGCCAGAAAUGGCCAGAACUGCUGCCUGCUGGAAGAAGCGUACGCCAUGGUGUCGGCACUGCCGCAACGCUCUGAGAAUACCCACCAUGUCUCCUUGAUUGAGAACUACCCCGCCACCCUUGAAGCGUUAGGAGAGCCUCUUAGACAGGGACCCUUCCAAGUUUGGGAGGGAGCUCCUGGAAUAAGGACGUCCUCUCGAGGUCACCAGCGCCACGUCUUUCUCUUUAAGAACUACUGCAUCAUCUGCAAAUCCAAGAGAGAUAGCAACACCGAUUCACAAACAUACGUCUUUAAGAACAUGAUGAAGCUGAACAACAUUGACGUGAAUGACACGGUGGAGGGUGACGACCGCGCUUUUGAGAUCUGGCACGAACGCGAAGAUUCGGUGAGGAAGUACACUUUGCAGGCCCGAACUGUGACCAUGAAAAACUCGUGGCUGAGAGACUUCCGAGAACUUCAGCAGAGAUAUAGCAUGCCCACCUGGAGUCCUCCUGACUUUGUCGAAAUACUGGCAAACUGCACAGCCGAGCUAGGGCAGACUGUUAAACUGGCGUGCAAGGCUACGGGAGUUCCCAAACCUGCCAUCACCUGGUACAAGGAUGGACGCAUAGUUGAGGCAGACCCUCAUCACAUCAUUAUCGAGGACCCCGACGGCUCUUGCACGCUCAUACUGGAUAACAUGACAGCCCAAGAUUCGGGCCAGUACAUGUGCUUUGCCACGAGCUCAGCUGGCAACGCCAGCACGCUGGGCAAGAUCACCGUACAGGUGCCUCCACGGUUUUUGAACAAAUUGAGGAAUGCAAUUUGUGUCUCCGGUGAAGACGCUCAGUUCACCUGCGUCAUCCAGAGCGCUCCCAGUCCCAAAAUCAGAUGGUUCAAGGACGGCCGCCUACUGAGCGACCAGGAAAAGUAUGAGACCUACAGUGAGCUCCGCAGCGGAAUUUUGGUCUUGGUGAUCAAAAAUGUGACGGAUCGUGACCUGGGACACUACGAGUGUGAGUUGUCCAACCGUCUGGGCAGUGCCAGGUGUGCCGCUGACUUAGUUCCUCCAUCGGCCGCUAGCAGUGGUGAGCAGGCCAUUGUUCUUGAAGUUACCGAGCAGGAAACAAAAAUACCAAAGAAAACCAUCAUCAUCGAGGAGACAAUCACCACAGUGGUGAAGAAUCCAAGAAUGAGGAGGCACAAGUCCCCUGGCAUGACUGGCACUGGAGCCCACCGCUUGGAGAUGACCACCUCAGAGACCUCCACCAGCAGAACCAGGAGGAUGGCCGCCGCUCCCAGGAAAAGCGCGGUGCCAACCUACUAUGUCACAGAAGCUGAGGGUGCGGAGGGUGCCAGUUCUGUUGUCGCGGAGAGCAAGCCCAAUUGGGUUGAGGUGGAGGAGGUGAUCGAGUACAAGGUCAAUAAAUCUCCCAGGCUGUCUAGGAGGAGGGGUGUGUCGCCGGCCAGCUCCACCGCUCCUUCCAGACCCAAAAGAUCACCCGCGGAGAACCCGAAUGCAAACAAUUCCAAUAAUAAUCUGGUGGAGCUGGGAGCCAGCGCCUGGGAGGAUGAGGCGACUCCGUUUGGUUCAGGAGAUCCCUUUGAGAUCUCGUCUGUUCUUACCACGGCUGGGGAGGCUCGUAAAGACCCGGAGGAUCUGCAAAUCGUCAUCUUGGAACCCGAUGAUGAUAAUGAUGAAGACCUUUAUGGAAAGCAGGAAGCAAAGACACUAACACGUGGAAGUCAUGUUCUAGCACUGGAAGACUUGGAGGAUUACGUCCCAAAGGAAGGAGGAUAUGACGGUUCGACCAGCUACGGUCCUGUCGAGAAGCCUUGUGAGAUCUCCGUGCUCCAGAGGGAGGUUGGCGGCACCGCCGUGGGACAUCCGGUGCUCCUCAACGUGGGACGUCCCGUGGCGGCUCCGAGGCAUAGAAGCGGAUUUUUCUCUCGCUGUAGAGAGCAUCUAGCUGGCAAUCUUUUCUCAUCUAAUUUGCCACAAGCAAGCAGUACACAGUCGGAAAGGCGCGUCCCCAUUCAAGUGAGCGACGCCAAGCUGGAGGUGAAGCCUUCGUACUGCUCCGAGGUGCAGAGGGUGGGAGGAGGGCAGCGCAGCUUUAAAACCAAAAUAUCAACGCAGAUGUCCGGCUAUACAUCCGUGGGAAACCCUGUCACACUUCAAAUCAGCGACAAACAACAACCCCAAAACCAGUAGCUUUGUAUUCUGUUCACCACAAUCCUCCUUAGUCUUAAAUGCCAUCGGUUUGAAUCCUCUCCUAACUUUCAGAAUAUUUUCAGCUGUUAGAAACCAUUCCAUAUGACAAAAUAAUGAUUGCACGAUAAGACGCGAUCACGACAGUCAAAACUGAGCGAUCGUCACCUUCGAUUUCCUCAAACCAAACUGUGGACCUGAAACCUGACUGUUUCUUGUCACAGACACUGAAAGAAAAUAAGAUCUUGUGGAAUGACAAUCAGUAACUAUGGCAUUAGAGUGCAUACUACAUCCAUGGUACUCUUGUGCAACAUAAUACAGCACUGGUAAAAUAGGAGAUUUCCAGACCGUUAAAUUAACGACUGCUUAUGUUAGCAAAAGGUGGACACACUAGACUGGUUACUUGUCACCUUAAAGAACACAGACAACCUGUGUAGUCUACAUUCACAACGUCACUGAGUGGAAAAGGAACCCACGCCGCUUGCACGGAAUCCGUAGUGAGUGAAGCACGACACUGUCAAUGACUUCAAAAUUAAACUUUUACUCAGAAACACAACAUUGUAAUUGAGGGAAGUGUUAUACAGUUACCAUAAAUGAUAGCAUUUAGGUAUGAAUUUGCUACCUUUUAUUAGUAUUUCAUAAGAUUUCAUGUGUUGAUUUAAAUAGAAACUACUUCCAAAAGUUGAUUGGUAAAGAUCAAUACGUUUUGUAGAGGGAGACGACGAUUAGAUAGUCAACCUAAUUCAGUCAUUUGCGUGAAUCAUUUAUCAUGUUGCUACAUUUAUAGUGCAUUGAAUUGUCUGAGUCUGUUCAUGUGAUGCAAUAACGUGAGCUCGCGGGCUCUUUUUCAGUUCAUUUAAAUAAUUGACUGCAUGCUGCUUUUCCAAAGCACUGAGUAUUUCAAUUUAAUAAAGGGAUUAAAGUCCUGCUUUAAUAGGGAUUUGGAUUCUGUGUCGUUCGUAACGCUCUCAAAAGAUUGUAAUCGCUUGUACUUAAAAUGUGUUGUUUUUGAAUGGAAAACAUGUUUGCUUUCAAAUGUGUUCAAAUCUGAAAAUUAAAAAAAAUUAAAUUGUUUCCACGUUUGUAAAAGA